AUGUCCGCUUGUGCAAAAAGCUCGGAGAAUGAAAACAGCUCUAUCGCAGGUGGUGACCGCACGACAAAGAGCAAAGUUCUCGAGACAGGGGCUGGUCUAGUCCAGGACUUUACACCCGUCAAGCAGAUUUGCGCUCAUCUAAACGCAUUCCACGUCUACGCCAACGACCGAACUCGAUGCGUUGAAGCUAACCAUUAUUGCACGCAUUUAACCGAAGAUGUGCGACAGUGCUUGAUCUAUGACUCUCCGGAUGCCAAAGCUCGCCUGAUCGGCGUCGAGUAUAUGGUCUCACCACGCGUCUUCAAGACCCUUCCAGCCGAAGAGCGCAAGUUGUGGCACACUCACGAAUUUGAAGUCAAAAGCGGCAUGCUCAUCAUGCCGGCACCGGCAUCUAUGCCCAACGCGGCAUGGGAGGCAGCGGAGACGGCGGAAAUGGAGGAUGUUGCGCCGAUUUAUGGAAAGACGUACCAUUUCUGGCAAGUUGACCGUGGAGACGUGGUUCCUAUGGGACCCCCACAGUUGAUGGGGAGUUUCGGGUCGGAAGAUGAUGUGAAGAAGGCGUGUCCAGGUGGACUUGACGAAUUGCUUCGGGAACGGGAUGAGCGGUUUGGGGUGGAUUAUAAGGUGAAGGCGAAGAAGCGGGAAGGUAUUGCGGCUGUUGACAAGCACCCAGACGCAGACACAAUGUGA